AUGAACUACGACUGGAUCCUCGACGGCGGCUACCUCCCUCAAGCCGUCAUCCGUGUCGGCAUCCGGAGACAGCUCCGUGAUCGGCUGUCGUCCAUCGAGGCCUCGGGGCUGAGCGAGGCGGUCGAGGCCAAGAUGGCGUAUCUAGAGCGCCUUCGCAAGCAGCCCAUUGCCAUCAAGACCAACACGGCCAACAAGCAGCACUACGAGGUGGGGACCGGCGUCCUGACGGCCUGCCUCGGUCCGCGCAUGAAGUACUCCAGCUGUCUGUAUCCCACGGGUAACGAGACGCUGGCCCAAGCCGAGGAGGCCAUGCUACAGUCUUACCUGGACAAGGCGGAGUUGAAUGAUGGCAUGAGCAUCCUCGACCUCGGAUGCGGCUGGGGCUCCGGGGCUUUGUUCUUCGCCGAGAAGCUGCCAAACGCGCGAGUCACGGCCUUUUCCAACUCGCGAACGCAGAAGGCGCACAUCGACGCCGAGUCCCGCCGCCGGGGCCUGAGCAACGUGGCCGUCAUCACGGGCAACGUCGUCGACUACGAGUUUGAGCACGAGAGCUUCGACCGCGUCGUGUCCAUCGAGCUUUUCGAGCACAUGAAAAACUAUGAGCUGCUUAUGGCCAAAAUCUCGCGGGCUCUCAAGCCUGGCGGGAAGCUAUUCGUGCACAUGUUUGCCCACAAGACGACGCCAUACGACUACGAGGAGGGCUGGAUGACAACGCACUUCUUCACUGGCGGCACCAUGCCGUCGGCCGACCUGCUGCUCUACUUCCAGCGCCAUCUCACGGUCCAGAGGCAGUGGUGGGUCAACGGGACGCACUACUCCCGAACAUGCGAGCAAUGGCUAUCGUCCAUGAUUGCAAACAAGAAGCAGAUGUGGCCUCACCUGGUGGAGACGUAUGGAGGGGAGAGCGAGGCAAUGACGUGGUAUAACCGGUGGCAGGUCUUCUACAUGGCGUGCUCUGAGCUGUUUGCCUAUGACGGCGGGGACACUUGGGGCGUGGCGCAAGGCCUGUUUGAAAAGCACAGCGAUUCGUGA